AUGCCGUCCGAAAAAGACAAGAUGCUUGCUGGAGAGCCAUUCAACCCCUUUGACAAGGUCCUGAUGAAAGAGCGUCAUUUGAGCGCGCUAGCACAAUCUUAUUUCAACGGAAAUAUUAACCCCUCCAAUUUUCUAUCUAGCCAAACGGUCGACCACCUUUUCAAACAAAUCCUGAACGCGGGCAAGAGAGGUGAUGAAGCCAGACGAAUCGAAACUCAUAUGGGUGACAACUGUCAUGUUGCUGCGCCCUUUGCUUGCGAUUAUGGCUACCACCUGAGUUUCGGCGAAAACAUUGUCAUCGGCGCUGAUUGUCGUUUUCAUGACUCCGCGAGGAUUGCCAUUGGAAGGAACUGCAAGAUUGGGGCCCGAGUUAGUAUACAGACUCUGAAGACACCUACCGACACCAAAUCUCUGAAGGGCAGCAACGGCACAGAGGUUGCGCAAGAGGUCCUUAUCGGGGAGAACGUGUACAUUGGUGAUAACUGCAUAAUCGCGGCUGGCGUCCAGAUCGGUCCCAAUACCAUAGUGAAGCCGGGUUCUGUUGUGUCAAAGGUAGGUUGA